AUGUCCGCGGCUCUGCGCGCUCAGCUCUUCCUCUUCCUCAUCUCCCUCUCGUCGCGGACGGGGCUCAGUCGGUACAUUGAGGACAAUGAUGCUUCAGAUGGAUUAUAUUCUUUGCUCAGUUUGGCCCAGAAAAGAGAGUCAGAGGAUUUCAUUUUCCGUCGACCUCUCAGAUGCUUGGACAUGCUGGCCAUGGACGGCCAUUUCACCUUCGUGGCUUCUCGGCCUCAGCUGGCUUGUGCGGCUUUCGUCAUCGCCGAGCCGGACGAAGUCAUCCGUCUGGAGCUGUCUGACGUCAACAUCGACUGCGGCGCCGGAGACUUCAUCAAGAUGUUUGACGGCUGGGUUCUGAAGGGAGAGAAGUUCCCCAGCAUUCAGGAUCACCCUCUCCCCGUUCACCAGCGCUACACGGACUACUGCUCGUCCGCGGCGCCGGCCGUCUCCAGCCGGUCCUCUCAGAACGUGGCCAUGAUCUUCUUCAGCGUUCACAGCCCCGACAGUGGCUUCAGCAUCACCGUCAGAAAACUUCACAACCCUUUCCCCUGCAACAUCAUGUCCCAGAGUCCGGAGGGGAGCUUCACCAUGGUGAUACCACAUCAGCACAGGAACUGCAGCUUCUCAAUCAUCUACCCCGUGGAGAUCCGCCUGACAGAGCUCAGCCUGGGGCAGGCCAAAAGCAACACGAUCAGCCCAAAGACGGAGGGGUGGUCCGGCUGUUCGGGUUCGGGUGACUAUGUGGGGCUGCUGGGAGGGAACAGUUUGGACACUUCUAAGAUGUUCCCCGUGGCCGACCUCUGUUUCUCCAUCAGUGGGCUCGCCCAGAUGAAGAUUGGUUGUGAUAACUCGGUGGUGAGGCUGGUGUCCAGUGGGAACUAUGUCAACCGCGUUUCCUUCCAGUAUCGACUACUGGAGAACAACGAGCUUCCCAAAACCCAGGAGAACAGCCUGGAUAACAACAUCUGCACUGUAGAAUGAAACAUCACAGACA